GUGAUUAUUAGAGUAACUGACAUUUUAUUUAGCCUUAGCCCAGAUCUCAAAAUAUUUCCUUUCUCCCCUUUUCCUAUCAUUUCAUUUUCUUUUCCUCACAAUGUUAAACCCACUUUUCAAAUAUGGCUCUCGUCGUCUCCAUAACAUCAAGCCUGCAGCCGCAGCCGCAUCUGUAUACGCCGAUACCCUCCUCCAAGACUGGAAAUCGCAAUCGCAAUCGCGUGAAUCCUUAAUCCGUUCACAAUUCCUCGAUAUAAAUCAACUCCGCAGAUUAAAUGCUACGCUUCCUUUUCCUAGUGUCUUUGCCGCUCCCGCCACUACCGCUACCCAUAAGAUUCCCGUUCCCAUUCCUCCAUGUCACCAUCUUGUAUAUUUCACUCCAUCGGAUGCCGAGCAUAAAUUGGGACCUGAUGGAUCAGAUAGGAUAUUCAAUCCGCCAGGACCUUUUACAAGAAGAAUGUGGGCUGGAGGGGAAUUGGAAUGGGUUAGUGGGAAUGAGCUAGCUGUGGGACAGAAGGUAGUGGAGAAGACGAAGUUGGAAAGUGCCGAGGCGAAGAGGACGAGAAAUGGAGAGGAUAUGCUGGUUGUGAGGGUGGAGAAGAAGUUUGAGAAUUCGGAAGGACUUGCGCUUGUGGAUCGAAGGUAUGUGACACUUAUUUUGCUAUGAUGUUGCAUUCAAAAGAAAGUUAUACACAUGGAGUGGAGAUGAGGUAGAUUUGUUUUCAUAAUUCUGUAACUGACUAUACAUACUAAUUCAACGCACAACCAGGAAUUGGAUAUUCAGGCGAGCAAUUGAUCCGAGUAAUCCCCUUCCUCUUCCACCAUUACCUCUUCGUACUCCAUUUCCCUCCGCCCCAUACAUGCGCGAUAUCACUCAUACCUCCGUAUCCCUAUUCCGUUUCUCGGCUCUAACGUUCAACGCGCAUAAAAUACAUUAUAACCGUGAAUGUUGUCGGGGAGUAGAGGGACAUCGGGAUUGUGUUGUGCAUGGUCCGUUGAAUUUGAUACAUAUGGUUGAUUUCUGGAGAUAUGUUAUAGAAGAGAAAGAGGGAAAAGCUACAGGGGAUCAUAUUGGUAAAGUAAUAUUGCCCAAAAAAGUCACAUAUAGAGCUACGAGUCCGCUUUAUGUAGGAGAGGAAUAUAGGAUAUUGAUGGAUGAGGAAAAAGAAGGGGUCUCUGAGAUGAAGAUUGUAGAUGGAUUUGGGAACGUGGCCAUGGUAGGUAAAAUUGAACGUUAGUGAUGUUUAUAUUGUGGAAGAUUGUUAAAGUCCGAGAAGAUGUUGUGUUGCUGCAACUAUAUCGGACAAUAUAGAGUACAGUAUAUCCCAUUGUAUAUAUCCUUGCACUCAUCUUAGCUUCAGGAUGUUGUGUGCAUCUUCCCUCGCCUGUACCUUCUCGUCCAACCAGACUAUCGAACCUUCACGUAUGCAGCUUUUAGCCAGGAUUU